AAUGUGGAUUGCUCGAUUGAGAAUAACAGUCUAACAUGAUUUCUGUUUUCUCCACAGCCUUGAAAAACCCUAGCUCAGCCAGUGUCUGAGUAGUGAAUAUUGUGUGUGUGUGUGUGUGUAGGCUAUAAUGGGUCUGUCACUGUCUGGAUGGCUGGGUGGCAUCCCAGCCAAGAUGAAGAAGGAUGCUCCCUCCUCUUCCUCCUUCCUCCCACUGUCCAUCCCUACCUCCUCCCGCCUUUCACUCCUCCUAAACUCCUCUCCCGUUGACCCUGGAGACCCCCGGUGCCGCUGGAGCCCCACACACUGUUCACCUCACUUCCUGCUGUCCCAGUGCGGGGAGGAAGUGACACGCGCACCCACCCAGCAGAUCAGCGACGGGGCUCGGGGGGAGAAGGGGGAAAGGGGAGGAAUGCACGUCUGGGAGGUGCUCUGGUGCCCCACCCACAGAGGAAGUCAUGCUGUGAUUGGUGUAUCCACAGAGCACUGCCCGCUACAAACCUCUGGUUACACUGCACUGAUGGGCGGAGACUCACAGUCCUGGGGAUGGGAACUCACAAACAAUCAGCUGUGGCAUGCAGGGCAAGCCCUGGGGAGAUACCCCGGGGAGAGAGGGGUGCAGGCGGAAGAGCAAUCUGUGUCCCCCCCUCACCCUGUCCCGGAGCGCGUGCUGCUGGUUCUGGACGCGGACACAGGAACUCUGGGAUAUGUAGUAGAUGACUGCUUCCUGGGCAUGGCCUUUAAGGACCUCCCCCAAGGGGUGGAGCUUUUCCCAGCCAUUAGCAGCGUAAGGGGUGGAGCCUUCAUACGACUACGCUACCUCAACGGAGCUACCCGUGAGCCUCCUGCACUGAUGGCUCUCUGUGGUCUGUCCAUCCAUGUGUCCAUGGGGAAAGAGAGAGAGACUCAGACAGACAGACUGCCUCUGCCUCCUCCUCUUCAACGCUACAUCCUGCCCAGCAUGUGACACACACACCCACACACAAACUAUAGAGUAAAUAGGAACGUUCUCACUGACCCAAGGUCCAUAUACGGCUAAAUUACAGCUUUUAAUUGAAUUAAGCAAGUCAUCCAUAAAAUAAAUUAGCCUCUGUAUUGUAGGGGCCAAUGAGUGGUUUGUGUAACAGCAACCAUCAUUGGCCAGUGCUGCACACAUUGUGAUGUUAUCUCCUCUCUGGCCUGGGACAUCCACGGUUACUCUCUGUCCAAUCACAUUUCUUGCCCUGCAUCGGGUUUUUGCCAUGUCGAAUCCAGCUUCAUCCACAAAGAUGAAUGUAUGUGCAGGUUGCCUGGCUUCCAUCUCCAUAACUCUCUAAAAUACAGUAAAUCCACAGUUUUACAGUACUUUACAUUAUGCAUAGCUGUGUAUAUACCCUGUUUAGUUAUUGAACAGACAUCUUAGCUGGACAUUGAUACCAGAGUUCUGUCACACAUUCACCAUUUCUCUCAAAGGGUACAGUGUACAACUGCUUCAUCGUUAUUUUAUGUUUCUCUAGGACACUUGGGUAGGCUUUCAGCUGAAAUUGCAAUCAGCUGUGUUUGGAAUGAUUACAUAUGCUGCUGAGAUGUUCUAUAUGUUUCUAUCUGGUUACUGGAGAAAUGCACAACAUUUACCAUCAUCCUGUUUUGAAUGUGUUUUGAACAGUUUUGGAAACAGUGUGUUAGUGGGAAUAAAAAGAAUGUGAACUA